AUGUUGAAAACAUUUUUAUGUAAUUUUAGUAAUAAUAUAUCGCGAAGCUUCCACACUUCACAAUGUUUAAAUGAAGUAAGAUUACUCUCAAGGCUAAGGGUAGUGGAUAACUCGGAUAUCGGAAAACGAGCAAUGGCUGAGGGUAAACCUCCUAAAAUUAUUUGCGUGUAUAAUAAACAGCGUGUUGGUUUAAUUGGCGAUAGAGUACUAGUAGCUAUUAAGGGACAAAAGAAAAAAGGUAUACUUGUGGGACUGAAACAAACACAGAAGACUAAAGUUCCAAAGUUUGACAGCAACAAUGUUGUUUUAAUUGAUGAUAAUGGGACUCCCCUAGGCACUCGCAUUCAUGUUCCUAUCCCAACAAUAUUGCGGACAAUUCUAAAGGAAAGAACUCAUGCCAAAGGAGCAGACUACACCAAACUUCUAGGAAUAGCCACACGUUUUGUUUAG